CUAACUUCAAGUUCUUUUUUCCCUCUACACUUUACACUGUAAAAGUCUAACCCACAAUUGAGAAAAAAGGAAAAAAAAAAUUGCAUAGAAAAGAUGUUUCAAACCCUAAUUCGUAAAAUUUGCGCAAACACUGCAAUUAAAAGGGGAAUUCCAUCUAUCUCUCCAAAUUAUAGUCUAUGUUCAUAUUCAUCCACUCAUUCCAAUUUUCUUUUCUAUCUAAAACCUUCAACUUCGUAUUUCCAGCAUUAUUAGUUGAAGUCAAUUUUCGAGGAAAGAAGUUGAAGGAUUUUUUCGACGAUUCCACAAAAUUGAAGGUUAAUUGACCAUUUUCAUCAAAUUGUUAUCUUGAGCAUUUCAGAAUCAGAGGAGAAGCAUUGCAUCAUUCAUCUGAUUCGAAAGUAUUUCAUUGGUUUCGUCUUCCGAGAAUUAGAGACUGUGGUUGCAUUUGCAGGUUAGUUCUCAAUGGUUAUAUCCCAAAUCAAAAACCUUAGGCUUCCAUUAAUGAAUGUAGUGAGAAUGAAUGGAGUACCUAUACUACAGCAGCUACAUUUGGAAGAAAAACUGCUUCGUAUUUCGUCUGAAAAUUGGUGCAUCAUCAAUGACGGGACGCCUGAUCCUACCAUUGUCAUGGGAAUUUCAGGGAAGCCAGCAGAACUUCUUGAUGUUAAGUCAGUGCUACAAGAUAAGAUUCCUGUCAUCAAACGGUUCACUGGUGGAGGUACUGUUAUUGUUGAUCAGGGGACAGUCUUUGUUUCCCUCAUAUGCAACAAGGAUGCUGUUCCUGGUGUGCAACCAUAUCCUCAGCCAAUAAUGGCAUGGAGUAGCUUAUUCUAUGAUGAGGUUUUUCAUGGAGCCGGAGACUUUAAGCUACGUGAAAAUGAUUACGUGUUUGGGAGCCGGAAAUUUGGUGGCAAUGCUCAAUCCAUCACUAAAAACCGAUGGAUCCACCACACAUCAUUUUUGUGGGACUAUGAAGAUGCAAAUAUGACAUACUUGAAAGUACCUCAGAGAGCACCAAAGUAUAGGCAGGCAAGGGACCAUUCAGAAUUUAUAUGCCGCAUGAAGGAUAUUUUACCAAGGUCAGCUUUCAUCGAUGGAACGAUCAAGGCAGCUGAAACCCAUUUUUCGCUGAGCUCCAUUUCCCUGGAGGAUAUCAAAUAUCUUGAUACUACAAAUUUUGUUCCCUCUUCAAGGAUUUUGACAUCCAAAGAGCUCGAAGCUACAAUUUGCGCAGAAGAUAGUUUGUUAUCCCACUCACUGUGAAGGAGUGGAUGAAUAUGAGCUUUUCAUCACAUCAUUGUUUUCAUAUAUUGUAAUUGUAUAGCAAUAAAUAAUCUUUGAAUAACCAUUUAUUGAGUACUA